CCGAUUGCCCGGAUGUGUACGGUCGUCUCAAGACCAUCCCACAUUUACAUUUCACUUACUCACCCCUCCCCAAGAUUAAAAAAAAACCGAAAAUUUUCCUGUACAAAUUCACAAGGGAAGCAGACAUCUAACAAUCAUCCUGCCAUCCUCCUAAUACCGUAUCCGCAGACGACGACGUACCCAGUCACCGUCAUGAACCCGACUUGACACCGUAUCCUUCGUCCAAAUGUUCCUCGAGACAGAAUGAGCCAACUUGUACUAGCUUGUUUUGUCUUUGUUUUCACGUUAGCGGGAAACUUAGGGAUCUCUGUAUCAAUCUUACAGCUAAAGCGCCGCGAAGAAGGGAGAUUUCAAGACAGGACCCGACACAAUGAUGUUUUAUUCUUGGGUCUUACAAUUGGCAAUUUGCUGGGAAAUCUCCUCGUAUUCCCGCCGCUAUUUUACAUGUACGAUAUGGCUGAGAGAGGCAUGGAUAUUCCUGGAAGCCUCUGUGUUGUUAUUGGGAGCCUGGAGGCGUUUUAUUUCACAUACUCCGCUGUAUUAGUGGCUCUGCAACACGUACAUCACCUAUUUUCCAUCGUAUUUCCUUUUCAAUAUUUAAUAUAUUCACGGAAAAAGCACAGUAAAAUUCCGAAAUUUUGCAUAUGUGUUUCAUUCCUCAUUGCAGCUGCUUCAACGACAAUUUCUGCAACCGUCGAACCAAAAUCAUAUAAGUAUAUUCAUGGCUUUGGAAAUGUGACAUUUUAUUGUGUUCCAGACUUUACAUCUUCUUGGAAGUUUAUGCCAAUUACAAUAGUUGGUGUAAUUUGUUUGCUGGUGACUUUUGGGAUCUAUGGGCGAAUAUUAUUUGAGUUUGUCAAGAUAAAAGAACACCAAAAUCAGAUAGGUCGUGUAUACAACGGAUGCUGUGUUUGUCUUGGUUUUCCCUCCGGGUCUUGUUUUAUUAUUGCAAAAGGCAUACUGUAUUUCACAUGGGGCCCUCUAACGAUCAUGUUGGUACUAAACAAAUGGUCUGAGGGUUACCACAUAGCUCCAGAGGCUUACAUCAUCACACAUGCCAUGCUGUUCAUCCCACCACUACUUGGCCCUAUUGUUUUCUACUCCACACACAAUGAUCUCCAAGAAGUGUGUAACGAAGCAUUAUGCAAGCUACUGAGUAAGACUACAUAUCAGCCUAAUAGACAAGAUGGAAACCAAGGUGCUCCAGUUGUCUUUGAAUUGGCAUGCCGUCCAUAACUCACAGAUUGUAUUUUAAAACAUCGACACAAGUACCAUGACUGUUGUGAAAAGGUUUCGAGGAUUACAGAAGAAGCAUGUGGUCUCUACUAUAGAAAUAAAAGUAAUUAGUACCACCAGCAAAGUAUCUGCUAAAGAAGUGUUCAAGAUUUCGCACAUCUAAAAAUUAAGGAGGUCUGUUAACUGACUAUACCAUUAGCAUAUUAUACCAUUAACAGAUUGUUGUUAUUGUAAUUGAUUACUAUUAUUAUUGUUGUAGCUGUUUUGUUGUUGUAUUUUAAAAUCCAUCGGCUAUGCUUA